GGUCGUCUCCUGGGAAAAGUGGACGCAUACUUUAAUUCAUUCAGACGCUGCAACUACCCUCGUGUCAGUCCUGAGGGAAUUGUGGAGAUAGUAGAAGAAUGUGGCCGCUACACAAGAUUUUGGGAUAUUCCAAGUCCUUGGUGGCAAGCGAGUACAGUUUUAGUGGGCACCGGCAGUGCCCUGUCUCUAUUAAUUGCGGUUACGGCCACGGCUGCGUGCUGCAUAAAGUAUGUUGUUUACUCCACAACGGCGCGAAUUGCAGGAAUUUUGCAAUUUACUUCAGUAUUAUUGGUAAUUACGGGUGCCGCAAUUUAUCCAUUGGGUUGGGAUAAUAGGGAGGUUCAAGAAGCUUGUGGAAACUCAAGUCACGCUUAUAAAUUAGGAUCAUGUCAACAUUCGUGGUCUGUUUACGUACUGGCCAGCGCUGUUCUCAUUCUACUUCUAUGUGUGUGUUUAAGUUUUUGUGCUUCUCGUGUGAACGGUCAUUCUUUCAGAAUGUGAGUGUGCAUCGGUGGCUGGCUUUUAUUUUAAUAAAAUCAAUUAAUAAACCUAUAAAUAAAACAAAGUGAUAAUGUAAAUAGACGAAACUUAUUUUCUGUGGACCAAUGACGAUACUUUAUCAUACUGUCUGUCUGUAUAAUACUAAGCUUAUAUAGAAAAAACCGAUGUUCUAUUGUAAACAUUUUAUAGAAAAACUCUGCAUUUAUUACAUUUAAACUAGUAUCAAA